GAACUACAAUACCCACAAUUCCACACAACAUGAAGAAGGCAGUCACGUGACGUCAUGUCACAUGCUCCUCUGCAUUCUACCUCCAGGCUGCAACAACACAGACAGCUCAGUCACACUAACCUGGAGGAGGCUGAGCAACACUGAAGAUAACUGAAUGGUUCCACCAUCAUACUGGUACUGGUGAUAACUUUGACAAAUAUCAGCUACCUCCUGACUCUUGUGGUACUUAAGAUACGGGACAUUUCUAAAAAGCAGUUCCUCCACUUGGAUCCAAAGAGUUGGAGACUAAUUUUAAGGCUUGGCAGGCCGAGCUACCGCCUGUUGAGUCAUGGCGAUUAACACAGAUGUUGAGGACUGGGGCGCCAUUGGGAGUAAUGACUCUGGAGAAAGAGCGUGGCUCUUGCAGAGCCCCAGCGUGGAUUCUGUCCGGCAUCUUGAGGCGGACAGGAGGGAGAGCGGGGGCGUAUCGUCUUGGGCAGCGGUUUUCAUCGUAGUAAACGCAGCACUGGGAGCUGGUUUACUCAAUUUCCCCGCAGCCUUCAACAUGGCAGGAGGAGUGACUGCAGGAGUUACGCUUCAAAUGUUAAUGCUGAUCUUCAUAAUCAGUGGUCUUGUGGUCCUGGCCUAUUGCUCCCAGGUCAGCAACGAAAGCACCUAUCAGGAGGUCGUCCGAGCCACUUGUGGGAAAGUCACGGGAAUCGCAUGUGAAGUGGCCAUUGCCGUCUACACCUUUGGGACUUGUAUUGCCUUCUUUAUUGUCAUCGGAGACCAGCUGGAUCGCUUGGUGGCUGCAGUCGCUCAUGAGACAGAUGGUACAGUCAGUGACUACUGGUACACUGAUCGCAAAUUUACCAUCUCCGUUACUGCAGUCCUGGUUGUUCUUCCUCUCUCCAUCCCCAAAGAAAUUGGCUUUCAGAAAUAUGCCAGUGCGCUGAGUGUGAUGGGAACCUGGUAUGUGACCAUCGUGGUCAUUAUAAAGUACAUCUGGCCGGAUAAAAACAUGACUCCAGGCCACAUUCCCGCCAGUUCUGCUUCCUGGACUGCAGUUUUCAAUGCAAUGCCCACCAUAUGCUUUGGCUUCCAGUGCCAUGUCAGCUGUGUGCCGGUGUUCAACAGCAUGCGCAGAAGAGAGAUCAAACCUUGGGGAAUUGUAGUCACUUUCAGCAUGAUAAUCUGCCUCUUCGUUUACACAGGAACAGGUGUCUGUGGCUUCCUGACGUUUGGCUCCGAUGUCAGUCAGGAUGUGUUGAUGUCGUACCCUUCUGAUGAUAUUGCUGUGGCCAUCGCCAGAGCUUUUAUUGUCAUCUGUGUCAUCACCUCCUACCCCAUUUUACACUUCUGUGGCAGGGCCGUUAUAGAAGGACUUUGGCUGCGUUUCCAAGGCGAGCAGGUGGAGGUGUGUGUGCGUCGUGAGCAGAGGAGGAGGAUCCUGCAGACGCUGGUGUGGUUUGUCGUCACCCUCGUCCUCGCCCUCUUCAUCCCAGAUAUUGGCCGGGUGAUCUCGCUGAUCGGAGGAUUGGCGGCCUGCUUUAUCUUUGUCUUCCCAGGAUUGUGUUUGAUGCAAGCGAAGCUGUCGGAGACAGACAGCCGGACACCAAGCUGGCAUGGAUAUGUGUCCUUCGGUGCUGUCAUGGUUACGAUUGGAGCUUUCAUCUUUGGCGUCACUACAACCAACUCCAUCUAUCAAGAUGUCAUCAGCUAAAAGGAACCUUUUUUUAUGGGAGCUGGUGGUGUUAUAAACAGAGGGGGGGAGGGGGAGGGGAGAGGGGUAUAGUCAUGUGCUGCUAUUCUGAACUAUACUGGAAAAGCUGGAGAAGCAUCUCAUGACACUCAUUUAAAAAGAUCCUCUACGGCAUGUCACACAUCCCUGCUCCAUACUGAGUUACAGCUCCACAGCUCUGCACUCAGUCAGGUAGUACUCAGAGACACAACGCCAAAUGACUUCAGACACUUUGCCUUUUAUUUUAUGUACAGGUUUAAAUUGCAUGUUUUAUGUUUUUCUGAAGGUUUUAACUUGCAGUGGAAACCGUUUCUGACGGUUCAGGGUCACAGUGGGGCUUCUCCCGUCUCUGGACCCUGUACGAGCAACACAUUCCUGUCCUGUUUACAAGAGCUGAAAGACUUUGUAUGGAAAGGUCUUACAAUCAAAUUGAUUUUAAUAAUGAAAUUGUACCAAUUUGUGUAUUCUAACUUGCAUGGCAAUGUAAAUGUCUCUUAUUGAAAAUGAAUGUGGUUCCCAGGUCUAAUCCAGGUCAGAUGUUCUGUUGUCGCUGCUGAUAGUUUAUCCACAAGUUAAGAAUUUUGUCUCUUCUCCAAUGGAAAAUUUAAUUUGAGUGAUAUGUUUAAUGAGUGAUGAGAUAACUGCAGGGCGGGACAGUUCAAGUCUUGUUGAUUUGUUAAUUUCCAGUUAGUAUCUCUUAAUGAGUUAAAAAGAAAUUAGGUUUUCAACUAUUAACACCUUUAAAUAAAUUUAGGAAGGUGUUUGAGAUAUUUAUUUUUUUAGAUUUAUUGGUUUCUUAUAUAUUUUAUAAAGUUAGAAAUACUAUGAUGAUGAUUUUAUAAUUGGCUUUGAGGUGAAAUCAUAUUUGGUGUUUGUGAAAGUACAAAGUUACAUUCAUGUGAGGCCUUUAAAAAGACUGGUUACUUCAAUGUGCAGAACAGUUAACUGCCCGACAGGCUGAAACUACAAACACAGAGUGGGUUUAAAAAUGAUACUGUCUUUAUGAAUGUAUGCCAAAAAUGGAUGUAAUCUGCACAGAAUUCAGUUUGUACAUAAUUUACAGGAAACAGUUGGACUUGGUGCUCAGGCUGGAGACAGCUUGUCUGUCAGUGGGGAGAGGAAACUAGGUUUUAUUUACUUGAACACCACUGCAGACUUCAAGCUCAAGAAGGAGAAGUUAGAAAUAGGCUAAUUUAUUUGCUUGUUUUUCUUAUUAUUAUUUUUACCUAAAACCAAAGUGUGAGUCGCCUUUUGUUUUUUAUGCCCCGAUAUUCAAGACCCUAUUUAACACUAAUUAAAGAUGCUCAUAACAAGUA